AUGCCCCAGAGUUUGCAAGAGGACUCGAGAUCAAAUAUGGCUUCAUCCACGCAACCUGAUCCCCAGAUCGAUACGACCAUCCCUACCCUCAGAAGAGAUUUGACCUCCGAGAACGUCCCACUUGCCCGACGCUUUCGCGCACUAUUCUCCCUCAAACACGUCGCUUCACAAACUCCUGGACAACAGGCAACAGAGGCAAUAGAAGCAAUUGCCGCUGCAUUCGAUUCUCCCUCUGCGCUUUUGAAACACGAGCUGGCAUAUUGUCUGGGACAGACCAGGAAUCUAGUGGCGGUGCCGUUCCUGCGAGCGGUCCUUGAAAAUAAGGAGGAAGAUGCCAUGUGUAGGCACGAGGCAGCCGAGGCCCUGGGGGCACUGGGAGACAUGUCAAGUCUACAAAUUAUGGAACAAAUGAAAGACGACGAGAGCGAGCCGGUGGUGGUUAGAGAGACAUGUGAGAUAGCCGUCGACCGCAUCAAUUGGGCUCAUUCUGAGAGCCGGCGAAGCGAAAGCUUGAAGUCAAGCGACUUUGCCUCGAUCGAUCCUGCGCCUCCUCUGCCUCUGUCCUCAGAAACACCUUCGAUAUCCAAUCUACAGGCUACCCUUCUCGACCAAUCGUUGCCCUUGUUCCAACGGUAUCGUGCCAUGUUUGCGCUUCGAGACCUUGCGUCUCCACCAGACCUCCCCACGGCAAAGCCUGCCGUUCACGCACUUGCUUCUGGGUUCAAAGAUCCAUCCGCACUUUUUCGUCACGAGGUGGCUUUUGUGUUCGGACAACUAUCGCAUCCAGAAUCAAUACCUGCAUUGCUGGCCGUGCUGGAGGAUACCAAGGAAGAAAGCAUGGUUCGACACGAGGCUGCCGAGGCACUCGGCAGUUUAGGAGAGGAACCAGGUGUGGAGGAUAUGUUGAAGAGAUUCUUGAAUGACCCUGAGCAAGUCGUCCGUGAGAGCGUUGUUGUUGCUCUUGAUAUGGCCGCAUACGAGAAAACUGGGGAGAUGGAAUAUGCCACCAUCCCAACAGAGGUUGUUGUAUAG